AUGGCUUCGUCGUCGAAGACCUCAGACUCCUCCUCCCAACGAUCCAAGCGGUCGGAUCAGGGGAUGAUGUGCAGGGACGCCGCUGCCGCCUCUACUGUCCCGAUCCACGGGAACCUGACGCAGCUGAUACGCCAAAUCAAAUCGGGGCGCCUCGCGUACAUCAAGGAGAAAUUGGAGGCGAACAGGAAGACGCUGCAGAGGCACUCCUGCGCGCUGUUCGACGUGGCAGCGGCGGCGGAAGUGGCGUCGAGGGGCACCGAUGGCGGCAACGCGCUGUCGCAGCGCGCGGCGGAGGGACAGUCCAGGUUCACUGGGUCAGAUCUGGCAAACGGGAUAGCGGAGAGGGACUUGGUGUACAUGCAAGAGGAGAACCUAGCGGUCGGGACGCUCGUGCUCUCUAGCUCGGGCGCUGCCGCGCAGCGGACAGUCGUGCGGUUCGUGAAGCUGCCGUUGGUUGAGAGGAUCCCUCCGUACACCACUUGGAUCUUCCUGGACAAAAACCAAAGAAUGGCCGACGAUCAGUCAGUUGUUGGUAGGAGAAGAAUUUACUAUGAUCCAGUCGGAAAUGAGGCUCUGAUCUGCAGUGACAGUGAUGAAGAAAUCCCAGAACCAGAGGAAGAGAAACACUUUUUUCACAGAGGAGAAGAUCAAUUGAUAUGGAGAGCUACUCAAGAGCAUGGGUUAAACCGAGAGGUUGUUAAUGUCCUCUGCCAGUUUAUUGAUGCAACUCCAUCAGAAAUUGAGGAAAGAUCUGAAGUUCUAUUUGAGAAAAAUGAGAAGCACUCUGCAUCUUCAGAUAAGAUAGAGAGCCAACUUUCUCUGGACAAAACUAUGGAUGCCGUUCUGGAUUCUUUUGAUAAUCUCUUCUGCCGCAGAUGCUUGGUUUUUGAUUGCCGCCUCCAUGGUUGCUCACAGAAUUUGGUAUUCCCAUGUGAGAAGCAACCCUACAGCCUUGAGCCUGAUGAAAACAAGAAGCCAUGUGGUCAUCAGUGCUACCUUCCGAGAACUGCCUCACACAAAGUUGAUGUUAAUAUUAUGUCUGAAUCAGAAGAUUCAAACCGAGAGAAAGGCAACAUUAGAUCCAUGACACUAGUUGGAACCACAACAACAACAACAACAAAGCCUUUAAGUCCCAAACUAGUUGGAACCAGUGGAUCAAAAAUAAUUUCUUCUGUUAGUGCUGAAGAAAGCACUACUCCGCCUUCAGCAGAUACCUCUGAAACAGAGAAUGUAUCCUCUGAUUUGCCUCCCAGUAGUUUAAGGAAACACAAGAUUUCAAAACAUGGACCUAGGUACAGGGAGCGUUCUCCUGGCAAAAGGCAGAAGGUUUUCACUUCUGACAUUUCUUUUGCAAGCAAUAUACUGAAUAAACUUUCCAUUCCGGAGAUUCGUGACACAAGACAAGGGUCUAGAGAAUCUGGGGGUGAUAAACUACGAAUUGUUGACGAGUCCACUAAGAAGACUUCAAGCAAAGAUAUCUGUGGAGAAAGCCCAACUACUACUACUGAUAAUGUGGGAAGAGAGAGUAAUAAAGUAUCUUCAACAAAGAAUUUAUUGGAGCACACUCUUUCUUGUUGGAGUGCCUUAGAGCGAGAUCUAUACUUGAAGGGCAUAGAGAUAUUUGGAAAGAACAGCUGUCUCAUUGCCAGAAACUUACUAUCUGGUCUGAAGACCUGCAUGGAAGUGGCCAACUACAUGUAUAACAAUGGUGCAGCGAUGGCGAAGAGACCUCUCUUGAAUAAAUCCAUCUCAGGCGACUUUGAAGAAACUGAACAAGACUACAUGGAGCAAGACAUGGUUGCCAGAACAAGAAUCUAUCGUCGGAGGGGCCGCAAUCGAAAGCUGAAAUAUACUUGGAAGUCUGCAGGGCAUCCAACUGUUAGAAAAAGAAUUGGUGAUGGGAAGCAAUGGUACACACAAUAUAACCCAUGUGUUUGCCAGCAAAUGUGUGGUAAAGAUUGCCCCUCUGUGGAAAAUGGAACUUGCUGCGAAAAGUACUGUGGGUGUUCGAAGAGCUGCAAAAACAAGUUUAGAGGCUGUCAUUGUGCAAAAAGUCAAUGCAGAAGCAGACAGUGCCCCUGUUUUGCAGCCAAUCGUGAAUGUGAUCCAGAUGUUUGUAGGAAUUGCUGGGUGAGCUGUGGAGAUGGUUCACUAGGUGAGCCACCUGCAAGAGGUGAUGGCUAUCAGUGUGGAAAUAUGAAGCUCCUUUUGAAACAACAGCAAAGGAUUUUGUUAGGAAGAUCUGAUGUUGCAGGUUGGGGUGCAUUCAUUAAGAAUCCUGUACAUAAAAAUGAUUAUCUUGGAGAAUAUACUGGUGAAUUGAUCUCUCACAAGGAAGCAGACAAACGCGGCAAAAUUUAUGACCGGGCAAACUCAUCAUUUCUGUUUGAUUUAAAUGACCAGUAUGUAUUGGAUGCUUAUCGCAAGGGGGACAAAUUGAAGUUCGCAAAUCACUCAUCUAACCCCAACUGCUAUGCAAAGGUGAUGUUGGUGGCUGGCGACCAUCGGGUUGGUAUCUAUGCGAAGGAGCAUAUUGAGGCUAGCGAGGAACUCUUUUAUGAUUAUCGUUAUGGGCCUGACCAGGCUCCAGCUUGGGCUAGGAGACCCGAGGGAUCAAAGAAGGACGAAGCAUCCGUCUCUCACCAUCGAGCACACAAAGUUGCUCGAUAG